AUGAUAUGCAGUUACUGUUGCCAGUCUCCGGCUGACUACGUAACCUGUACAGCAUGUGGCUCCACUGUUUGUAGUCUCUGUGCGCGCACAACUUCUCUUGAAUACAUUUGUCCUCGGUGCUUGUUUGGCACAAAUCAGGGAGCUGGAUUGGCCGUUUUUAAUCUAGGAGAAAGACGGCUUCCCAUGGCAAAAAAGGAGACCUUAUGCCACUUGUGUGGUGCAACUAUAGAAGAAAGGGCUCGCUGUGCAGUUUUGGAGCACUGUAAGAAGCACAAGCUUUGUCACGUAUGCUGCAGCAAUUCACAAGUAGUUCCGCUGACAGACAUACCGUGUCCCGGUGCUAUUCUUGCUGCAGCGGAGCCUGUUACGAGUAUGGAACGGGCCAUUGGACGGAAGAUUACCCCUGAGCUUGUUACUCUUCUGCUUGACGAUCCAGCGACUCCUGAGACCCGUGGACUGCACUCUUUAGAUGAGCAAGCAGUUGCUUGUAAGAUGUUUUUACCGUAUGAUCAAUUGAAAGAACUGACAGCUGUGUGUAACGAGCUGGACCAAGCAAAAGCAAGGGGGUCUUCAGCUGAGGCCAAAGGCAUCAGUAUCCAGGACCCCAGGUCUUGGUCUGAUACCUUAGUACUUGCUAGCACCCCGCAGAACGCUGAUCUAGCGUGGCGUAUAUCUGCACUGCAAACCCAAUGCGAGAAGAUAUACUAUCAUCCGCGAAUGGCAAGCCUUACAACGCCAGAGGACGCGUGCAUUCUUCCUUCAAAUUUUGAUAACGAUGAACACCGGCAAUCCAUGAAGUCUGUGAAGAUGGGUGCCUAUGUGAAGUGCAUCAAAUUGGGUGCACCACCAAAUACUUUGAGCGCUCUGUUACAACCAGGCGGCCAAACUCCAGAGGAGCUAGCAGACUUGGCGGGGAUUCCGCUGCCCAAUAGCGUACGGCUGUCUCCGACCCCCUGUCUCGUUGCACUCCGACAAAAAUAG